CAGAGCCAGAGAUGAAAUAAAUGCAGGAAGUCGUCAUAGCUGGCUGAGCAGUUUUCCCGCGAAGAUUGAGCCCUCUCCCUGUACAAACUACUGUUUUCUUUAGAGUGGCAGCAUCAUGAGUAAGAGGAAGGUGAAAGAUGCUCAUCUGCCUAUUGGAGAAUGCAUCACACAGGUUCAGGAGAUUAUGAGGGAGCGGCUUUGCCAUCAGCAGCUCCCUGACAAGCCGGAGGGAAUAGAAGCUCAACACAAACACCUCCUGGAGCUGCUGAAGCGGACGGCCGUCCACGGGGAGAGUAACUCUGUGCUAAUCGUCGGUCCCAGGGGAGCGGGAAAAACAAUGCUGCUCAAGUGUGUGUUGAGAGAGCUGCUGGAGGAGAAAGAAGCGCAGAAAAACCUGCUGCAGGUUCAUCUCAACGGUCUCCUGCAGACUGACGACAGAAUAGCACUGAAAGAAAUAACGCGGCAGCUCCACCUAGAAAACGUUGUCGGUGACAAAGUGUUUGGAAGUUUUGCAGAAAAUCUGGCUUUCCUUCUGGAGGCACUAAAGAAAGGUGAUCGCAGCAGCAGUCGCCCGGUGCUGUUCAUCCUGGACGAGUUCGACCUGUUCGCCCACCAUAAGAACCAGACUCUGCUCUACAACCUGUUUGACGUCUCCCAGUCCGCCCAGGCGCCGAUCGCUGUGGUCGGCAUCACCUGCAGACUGGAUGUUCUGGAGCUGCUGGAGAAGAGGGUAAAGUCACGCUUUUCCCACCGUCAGAUCCACCUGCUCAGCAGCCUGACGUUCACUAAGUACCUGGAGCGGGUCCAAACCCAGCUCAGCCUGCCAGAUGAUUUUCCCGACACCAAGUUCGCAGAGGACUGGAACGACAGUAUCAAGACUUUGUGUGAAGACAAAUCAGUGGAGGACGUUUUACAGAGACACUUCAACUCCAGCAAAGACUUCCGCUCAAUGCAAAUGCUGCUGAUGUUGUGUCUGAGUCGUGUCACCGUUGCCAAACCUGCCAUCAAACCUGCCGACCUGCAGGAGGCCAGCAGACUCUGUUUUGCCGACGCCAAGGCGAACAUGCUCCAUGGUCUGUCCAUCUUGGAGCUGUGUCUGAUCAUCGCCAUGAAACACCUCAACGAUGUCUACGAAGGAGAGCCGUUCAAUCUCCAAAUGGUUCACAACGAGUUUAAGAAGUUCCUGCAGAGGAAGUCGAACUCCAUGUACAACUUUGAGCAGCCUGUCAUCAUGAAGGCCUUCGAGCACCUGCAGCAGCUGGAGCUGAUCCGACCGGUCGACGGCUCUGCGGCCAAAACUCAGAGGGAAUACCAGCUGAUGAGACUCAUGCUGGACCACAGUCAGAUCAUGGAGGCCCUGCAGAAGUAUCCACAGUGCCCCACUGAGGUCAAGCAGUGGGGCAUGUCGGCGUUCGGCUAGGAAUCUACGUACAUCUGGACUUUAUGCGGACGCUGAUGUAGUGUGCACCAACACUGGGAGAGAAAAUGUUAAUUAAUUACACCUCAAAGUUUGUGAAGUUAAAACAGAAGAAAGAAGUUGGUGAGGUUUCUGUGGUUUGUCUUAUAGAAACUGAAAUUGACUGUAUACCAGGUGAAAUGUCUUACCAAAAUAAAGAGGUUUAGCACUACAGCUUGGAACAAGGACUGAAAUUAACCAGGGAAAAAAACAUGGCUGCUGGCAGGUCACCAUUAGUGCACGUUUCAUGUCAGGAUGGUUUUUCUUGUAUUCAGAAUAUGAGGAGUUGUAACAAUUAGUCACUGUAAAUGAUUAUCACAAAAUAAAAAGGUUUG